UGUAUGCUCACAUAAAAUAUCUGGUUUGUUAUGGACUUGAGUCAUAUCUGUACAAAGUAUGUCAAAGUUAUUUUUAUUUUCUUAUUCUUUCACCUGAAACUAUAAGCCUUGGACUGUAUGUAUCGUCUCUCGUUGAUGUCACGGUUAUUUUCAAAAUGUCUGUCAAAGUUUCACUGUGUCAAAGCUAUAGUUAAAUAUACGUUAACUUCACCGUGACAGCCUUAAAAAGAACAAAAACCGUCUGUAAAAGCUCAGUAGCCAGCGUGUUGCUUCUUAUCAGUGGUUCUUCGAUGUUAGAUAACAAUAUUAGCGCUGUACGAGCGGAUAGUUAGGGUUGUAAAACUGUUUUCAAACUGUUGAAACCCAACUGACGUUAACCUAGUUAGCUGUUAGCUAACAUUAACAUCGUUAGCUGUUAGCUAACGUUGAACAAAUCUUAGAGCCUUAGCUAGCGUUAGCGUUAUCAAUGUGUCGAUGCUUGUGUAUUAAAUUUGGUUUGUUAAAGUUAUAGCUAGAUGGCUUACAACAUACUCUUUGUAUGCUUUGUUUACUACCUCUCAUAGCUCACUAACAGGAGUUACAGGAGGAGGACAUCGUAACAAUAGCUCCUACAAACUAUCCAGCUAUAACACCUACAAUAAAUACUUUCUCUGUGUUAUGAUUGUCAGCUUAGUUGAAACUUUAUCAGAGAGGACCUGACUAAACUCCAUGGUAAUCAUGGCAGCCAUAAUGUGUGGUGCUGGUGUCUUAUGGACAUUGGGAGUUAAAGCAGCACAUAUAAUUCUACACAUAUUAUAAGCUUCUUGCUGGUAAUUCAGUAAUUUUUACCCUGCUAGUUUUGUAAGGGGAGAUUCGGUUCAUGUCACAUACAGACCAGUGAUCUAAUAUACAUAUAGUGUAAUUUAUUUGAAAGCAUUGACAUAGCUUGAGACACUUUAUAGUUUUGUAAAAGUAUGGGAAUUGUAACUUUUGCAACUAAUGCAUCUCUUUUCUUCAGGAUAAUGAAGUAGAUUUUAGUGAAGAAUAACUCACUCUCUCCCGGUAUUUCCUAAGUGGAUGAGUGAGACUUAGCUUUGUCUAGUUUAACCAGCAUCCAGCGAGAACUAAGUUAUUACCAUGCCUGUUUGCCAUGAAAUAUGUUGGUUUUAAGUAUGUGUUACCAACCCACAGACUUUAUGGACCAAAGACAGUGUCCUGGCUGAUCCAACGUUCAUCAGGACGCAGGACAUUUGACUCUCUUGUUGUUCUUACAGUGAUCAAGUUGUUAUGCAAAUACACUCCUUUGGUAUUCUUCUUCAGUAAGGACAUUUGACUCUCUUGUUGUUCUUACAGUGAUCAAGUUGUUAUGCAAAUACACUCCUUUGGUAUUCUUCUUCAGUAAAUCAAAAACCCUGGAAUUUCAUCCAUAAAUUCAUAAUGUUGCAGUUGUAUUAGUAUGUAAUUGCCUUCUUAGUGUGUCAUUGAAAAUACAAAGAUGCGUAGUUUGACAGAUGUAAAAUACAACAGUUAAAUAGCUGUUGGUAGUCAGAAGAUCAGAAUGUGUAAAGUGACAUUUAUUAUACAGAUCAUCACUAUCAGAUGCAAUGUACCCAUAAUGAGAACUGUCAUUCAUGUGUCACACAUUUUUGUGGAUCAAGUGUGCCACGAGAGAGUACAGUGUGUUGGAGCGUUCAUGUCCGUCUUUUGUUCCUGACUGCUUCUGAUUCUCUGACUCAGCAGACUGGAUGUGACUCGGUGACCCAGCGGUGGGGCCAUGGCUGCUGGGGCUACAGUCGGGGAGAGCCAACUCCAGAGGAUUAUCCGAGAUCUGCAUGAGGCUGUUGCAGAGCUUGCAAAGGAGUACAGGGAAAGCGGGGAGCCAAUCACAGAUGACAGUACCAACCUGCACAAGUUCUCCUACAAACUGGAGUACCUGCUGCAGUUUGACCAGAAGGAUAAAACUACAUUUCUUGGUACAAAGAAGGAUUAUUGGGAGUACUUCACUGACUGUCUGGCUAAAAUCAAAGGAGCCAAUGAUGGGAUCCGCUUUGUCAAAUCCAUCACUGAGCUGAAGACAUCUCUGGGGAAAGGACGAGCGUUCAUCCGAUACUCCCUCGUACAUCAGCGACUGGCUGACACCCUGCAGCAGUGUCUGAUGAACCAGAGAGUCACCAGUGACUGGUAUUACGCAAGAAGCCCCUUCUUGAAGCCCCACCUUAGUGUUGACAUAAUCAACCACCUGUACGAACUCAAUGAGGUCCAGUUUGAUGUGGCCUCCAGGGGCUAUGAUCUUGAUGCUUCCUGGCCCACUUUUGCAAGGAGAACACUGGGAAACUCACCUGGCCACAUGUGGAAACCACCCAGUCGCAGUUCCAGUAUUAACAGUCUGGCCAGCACCUACUCCCAGCAAGCACACGAGUUCCCCUCCAGCCCCGACUAUGGUCAGGGUCUGCUAAGUGACCUGAACGAGUCUCUGCCUGCCUGCAACGAGGAUGUCAGCACAGUUGAAAAUCUUCGCCUGGAGCUGGACCAGUCGGAGCUGAAGCAGCGAGAGCUCCUAGAUAAGGUGCAGCAGCUGGGCGAAGAGGCGGCUGAGCUCAGGGGCGUAGUCGUGCAGCUCCAGAGGCAGCUGGAUGUGUCCCUUGCUGCCCAAGAGGAGCAACAGGGCUUGCAAGGAGAUCUCAAUGCUCUUCAGGGAAGAGAAGAAGCCCUGUCCAGAGAGGUGGAAGCACUCAUGACUGGGGAAAAAGCCAGGAAUGCUGAACAACAGCUGCUCCAGGAAAAGUUGGCAGCUGCUGAGGGGAAGAACAUAGAGCUCCUGGCCAAGUUGGACGGGGUUCUCAAUGAGAAGGGCCAGCAGGCAACCAGUUACUUUGAUUCAGCUCAAAAGAUACACGAGUUGCUGGACAGAUUGAAAGAGGCAGAGAGAGGGAAGAUGGAAGCUGUAGCUGAGGUAGAGGAUAAGAAGAGACUGGCAGAAAGGCUAGAGGAUGAACUGAGAGUCAAGCAGGCAGCUGCAGAGCGCGGCGAAACAAAACUCGGAGCAUUAGUUGUAUCUGCGUCUGAGGAGAAGGCCAAGUUAGAGGCGAAAGUGGAGGAACAGUGCAGAGCCAUUGAUAAGCUGCAGGGGGCCUCCACAGUGAGAGAUAAGGAGGCGAGCAACCUCCAAAGGCAACUGCAGGACCUUCAAGGAUCUCUAGAGGAGAAGGAGGAAGAGGUGCAGGAGGUGAAGAUGAGAGCACAAAAAGAUAAAGAUGAAAUGCAGAAGAGUGCUGGUGCUUUAAAAGAGUCCUUAGAAGCAGAAGUCACUGCCCUUAAGGAGCAUCUAAAGAGGAAAGAGGCAGAGUUUACCUCCAGCUGCAAGACACUACAACAGCUAGAAGCCAAGAACCAAAGCCUGAUCACAGAGAGGGACAAACUGACCACUAACCUCGUUGAGCUGGAGGGUGUCGUCAAAGAACAAGUCACGAAGAUAGAAGAGUACAAGACGCAGUGCGGCAAUCUAAUUGAAGUAAAUAAGAAACUGAUGACCACGAUGAAGAGAAACGAGGAGCUGCAGAAAGAGAUGGCGGAAAACCGAAUAGUGCUUGAAUCUGAAUUAGCAGCUCUAAGAGCUUCUGAGAAACAGCUCCGCGGCCAGAUGGGUGACACCAAGAUGACAGUGGAUGAAAAAGAGAAGUCCUUGCGUGAGGAGAACCGCAAGCUGGAUGAGAGUCUGCAGCGAGCCACGAUGGCCGUAAAGCUCUCCGAGGCCACGUCAAAGCGGCUGGAGCAUGAGAACCAGAGUCUGAGAGAGGAGCAGGACACUGUGAAAGCAGCUCUCAGCCGCAUGCAAGCUGACCUGAAGAGUGUUAACGGGCAGAUCGGAGAUUUGGAGAAGAACGUAGGAGCGUCACGCAAGAACGAAGCAAGCCUUCAAGAACAGCUGCAAGCCAAAGAGGCCGAGCUACAAAGCAAAGAGAAGAACCUUGUUGAGGUUCUGUCCAGCUUAAAAUCUCUUGAGGCUCGGGAGAAGGAGCUUGAGAUUGCCAAAGCUGAUGCAGAAGCAACUUCUUCUAAACAGACAGAGGUGAUUGAAAGGAUCACCUCGGACAAGCACGCGAUGGAGAAAUCUCAGCUGGAGAGGAGCGCAGUCCACGCAAAAGAGAACCAGGAUGUGACAGGCAAACUUGAAGGCCAACUGGAGGUGUGCAUGAAAGACGUGUCCAGGCUCCAGGCAGAGAUCCUGGACCUGAGGGUGCGGCUACAGAGGUCUGAGGAGGAAGGGCUAAAAUCACAAGUACAGCUGGAGGUGACGGAGGCCCAAAGAGACGAGCUCAGGACUCUGACCGAGCAUCUUAAAGUCCAGGCAGAGGCGCUGAAUCAAAGGCAUGUAAUAGAGCUUAUGGAGUGCAAAAAGAGAGAGGAGGCUCUGAUUGAACAGCGUGAUAGCGAAGUAGCCGCCCAUGCCGAGUUGUCUAUCUCUGCGGCUGCCAUCCGAGAAGAGCUGUCCACCCUCAAGGCAGAAAAUGGCAAAUUAGCCUCAGAGAACCGUGAGACACGUGAUGGUCUACACAAGGCAAACACAGAGAUGGCAGAGCUUGGGAUGACCAUCUGUAAGCUAAGUGCAGAAAAGGAGGAGGUUAGAGAGCAUUGGGCAGGGGACGCUGCCAGGAUUGAAGAAGUGGGGAAAGAGGUGGAGCGACUUGAAGAGAGCAUGGCAGAGCUACAGCUGGAGAAUACCAAACUAAGAGAGGAGCUGACACAGAAGGUGAAUCUCCCAGAGACCAUCGUGGAGCUCCAGGAGCAGCUGGACAAGGCCAAGAACCAAAUGAAGAGUGUCAAAGGCUCUAACCGAGAGGAGGUGGAGGCCGUCAAGUUCCAAAUGAGCUCGGAGAGCAUGAAUCAUCAAGUCCAGAUGAAGAGUGUGAAUGAGCAGCUGGACAAGAUGAAAGCCCAGCUGCAGGAGGAGUCGAAGCAGGUGUCCAGCUUGCAGAGCAAAGUGUCUGAACUAGAGGCUGUAAAUGAGAAGUACUUGCUGCUAACGGGCGAGAAAGACACUCACAUCACAAAGGCAGAAACAUCCAUUCGUGAGAGUGAGAGCGAGAUUCAGCAAAUGAGAAAUGCAGUAACCAGUGCUGAAGAAGCCCACUCGGCUUUGCAAAAGGUCAUCGAGGAAUUGACUCAGAAGCUCAACACAGCAGAAGCUGACAAACAAAACCAGAGCCUGACGAUGACUGCAGAGAUCGAUGACCUCAACAGAACCAAAGUCAACCUGGAGGAGCGGCUCAUCGAGCUUAUAAGGGACAAAGAUGCUCUUUGGCAGAAGUCAGACGCUCUGGAGUUUGAGCAGAAACUACGAGCAGAGGAGCGCUGGUGGUUAGUGGACAAGGAGGCCACGCACUGCCUCGGCUGCCAAGGCCAGUUCACCUGGUGGCUGCGCAGACAUCACUGCAGGCUUUGUGGUCGCAUCUUCUGCUACUACUGCAGCAACAACUUUGUGAUGACCAAGCACAGUGGGAAGAAGGAGCGCUGCUGCAGGGACUGUUACACCCACCACAGCGUGGUGGUGGAGAGGUUCACAGAGGCAGAGCUGAGUCCCUCAGACACUCAGUCUCCUCCACCGGGAGCUGGACCCCAGCCACCACCUGAGGCAGCCCCAUAUAAACCCACUCCCAGGGUAACAGUUUCAGACCCCAGCAACAGAUGUGACGAUGGAGUUUUUGACAUAAUCACAGAGGAGGAAGUGAACGGCGUCUACGACAGUGACACCACCUCCCAGACCACAGGAGGCUCCCUGGAGGGAGAACAAGACCGACGGCCUCCAGGAGCACUGGAUGUAGGCACAAAAGAUGUGACGCCUGAUGACCCUGAAGAUCAUGUUUCCACUGUUCAGGACUCAGAAAUCAACCUUCUCAAAUCAGGAGAAGUCACGAUGGCUGUCCCUCUCGGCAUUGAAGAUAUUUCUCAGUUCGGCGACGGUUCCAGGGAAAUCUUCAUCAAGUCCAGCUGUUACAGUGUGAUAACUGUCGCCGUGGGUGACUGCGGGCCAACCAUCAGCUGGAUGUUUUCCUCAGAGCCUAAGAGCAUCUGCUUUAGUGUGGUUUACAGGGAAUCCACUGACACUCAUGUGGAGCAGUCAAAGGUCCUGAUUCCUCUAACUCGCUGCAAUUCCCAUAAAGAGACAAUUCAGGGACAGCUGAAAGUCCGAAAUCCCGGCUUCUACACGCUCAUCUUUGACAACUCCUUCUCACGGUUUCUCUCCAAGAAAGUAUUCUACCAUCUGACCAUGGAGAGGCCCAUAAUCUAUGAUGGAAGCGACUUUCCCUGAAGCUGGAUAACAUGAUGUCACUGUGACGGCAAAUUCAGUGACUGUUUCUUAUUACGUUUUUGCUCUUUUGUUCCCAAAACCUGUUUUUUACCCAAGUAUUUUACGUUUUCUGUACUAUUUAAGUGUGUGGCGUUAAUGUUUUGAGGCGUGCUCAUGUUUUAACUGUCGCCUAAGUGAGGCGUUGUCAACAAUAUGAAAACGGUUUUAGAAAGAAACAGAAAGACAAAUGUUCAUGCAAGUUUUAGUGUUUUUAAAAUAUAAACCAAGUAAUGCACGUACUUUUAUUUCAGCUAGGUUGUCAAGUUUAAGACAUUGUUUGAUUUUGUUAUUUUUUCCUUUCAUUUCUGUUGGUCUUCAGUGUUGCUUUGAUCUCUCUUUUUCCCAAAUAUGCUGUUAUGUUAGGGAAUGCAGGUCACAGCAAGUAACACUCGGGGUAUGAAAUAUGAUAAGAGACUGAUAUGUAUUUAUUUGCAAAAGAAGUCUAUGGAGACCCAGGAACGAUUUUGAAAAUUUACAAAACCGUGGUCAGUUGUGCAAUCUUUUAAGUCAAAGCUUUCAGAGCAGAAACGUGCAGACAAAGCAGUUUGCUCCUGGCUUGUUUAUUAACUGACUUGUCUGAACACUAUGUUUGCACUUUGCCAGCGCAGGAAGGAAAAAAAAGUGACUGGCCUGGAAAAAUACUGUUUCUGUUUGAUCACAUAGCAUAUGAAUUCUGUGAAAAUCUCAGGAGUGGGACAUAAAAUUGUGGAAGCAUGUCCAAAUGUUAUGUUUUUAGAAAAGAAGAAAAAGAAAAAUUGCCAUCUUACUUUCUGUGUAAGGAGACUACAAACCAGCUUUCUCCAUUUGGUGACAGGAUGUAAUGAAGCAGAGUGCCUGUUCUUACGCAGACUGACUUACAAUGAUGAUCACUAUAAGUAUAUUAAUGACUGUCAGCUUAUGAGCUACAGUACUUUCAAAGUGCCUAUUAACUCUGACUGCCAGAGAUUAUUUUUCAUUUAUAUCUGUAUAUUUUACUCUUUGUUAUGACACCUGGUAUGAGUUGAUACUAUUCUGUAAAAACGUAAUUCCAGUUCCAUUUAAAUCACAACAUGCACAAUAUGUGUUUCAGUUUUAUCAGUUGAAAUGAUUUUUCAGUUUGGAUUUCAUUGGAAUCUUUCUGUGAUAUGUUUGGAUAACCCUCUGCGCUGAUCUCUCAGUGAUCAGAGGGGUUUCAGUAUCGUGUGCUGUUAAUUGUUUCUUUUAUAGCAAAGCAGUAAGGAAAAAUGGGCUCGCUCACUUUUGGACACAACCAUACACUACUUAAUGAAGCAAGGGCAUGUCUAUAUGCUGCUUUUAUAGAGAUGUGUUUGCACUUCACAGUCCGAUCGCUUAUAUUUUUGAUGGGUGUAAAUUGGUUUCUAUGCAAAGGCUCCUAUUUUCUCUACAGAGCUGCACUUUGUCAUAAUUAUUUUAUAAAUUGUUACAAACAACA